UUAGUUGAUUCAUCAAUUUGUGUAUCAGUUGUUUAGAUUUGUGUAAAAUUCUGGACAUGGCUGCUAGGAAAAAAGAUGAACCUGGUAAACAACGAUGCCAAGCUAAUGCUAGAGAGCGUGAUCGUACUCAUAGGUGCGCUACUCAAGAAUCGCAAUCUUCACUGUGCAGCGUAAACACAGCGUUCACUGCGCUUAGGACACUGAUUCCAACCGAACCAGCCGACAGAAAAUUAUCUAAAAUUGAAACAUUGCGCUUGGCGAGCAGCUACAUCAGCCAUUUGGGGGCUGUUCUCAUCGUCGGUGCUGCUGAUCAGCCUUGUCUACGAUUAGAGGAGAAUCACUUGCGAUCAACAGCUACUAACUCAUGGAAUAAUGAACCGAACAACAGACCUCAAGUCUGUACAUUUUGUUUGGCUAAACAUAAGAAAUACAAUUUGAACGUCGCCUCUCAAACAAUAUCGGACUACCAAAAUCAAGACGGUUCUCAAUACAUUAUACUUUCUGCAGGAUCUUCGUCGUAUUUUGAUUUAGACCCGAUAUACUAAAACUAAAAUUAAGUUCAUAAUUGUAUAUUAAUUGUAAAUAUGAAAGCGAUGUAGAGUGAAAUAAAAAUUGCUGUAAUUUUGA